CAACCCUUCCGGGCUUCCCCCGCCAGCCCCGGCGCUAAAGUUCCGGAGGGCGCGCCACGAGCCGGAACGCGCCUGCCCUUCGUCGCGGGGAGGAGAAGACACACGACCCUGCUGCGAGGCAGCGUCCGCGUCCGCUCGGGGGAGGCGUGCUUGCCAUAGCCCCCCUCCGCCCUCUCAACGCCGAGGAGGGAGUCCCUGGCAUUGCCUUGCAAGAUGGCGCCCUCCCACUCUUUAAGCAGUAUGCUCAGGGUUGCUGGAGAAGACAGCUUUCCCCAGUCUGAUUAUGCUUGAUCUCAAUCUUCAAGAUUUCUGUUCUCUCUAAGAAUACUCACCUGAAAUUACACUUGAAAUCUAUUCUUGCAUUAUUUAUCUUUAACAGUUCCAAGGAUAUCAUUCAACUGAAAUUUAUCAUUAAAUUCAUCUCCCAUUAAAAAAGCAGACCAAGAUAACCCGGGAAAUAAAAAGAAAUGCUGAGUACUUGAAAAAUCAAGAUUCACCGGCCACAUCCAUGUUGCAAGAAACCCCGUUUGAAAACUUGUGUCUAGCAUCUCAGGCUAUUCUUGAGAAAGCCCAAAAGCAAGGAAGAUCAAAAUGCCCCAGAUGUCACGGCUCAAGGAUGUUCUACUGUUAUUCAUGUUAUGUUCCAGUUGAAACUGUCCCUAUUGAAGAGAUUCCUAUUGUGAAGCUUCCCUUGAAGAUUGACAUAAUUAAGCAUCCCAAUGAAACGGAUGGCAAAAGUACAGCUGUACACGCCAAGCUUCUGGCAUCUGAGGAUGUUACCAUUUACACAUAUCCUUGUAUUCCCGACUAUGAAGAAAUGCAACAUGAAAUUGCGCUUAUUUUUCCUGGACCUAAUUCAGUUUCAGUAGGCAACGUUCCUCUCUCUUUGCAAGCACAAUGUAAGAUGGAUACCAAGGGCUUAUCAGCAGAACCAGUGCUCAAGUGUGCAAAAUUGGAGCCGAGCCACAGUAGCAUCAUGAGUGAAGAUAAAUUGCCCAAGGGCAAAAAUGCUGCACUGAAAAAAAUUAUAUUUAUCGACAGUACAUGGAAUCAGACAAACAAAAUAAUCACAGAUGAGCGGCUCCAAGGGUUGCUACAAAUCGAACUGAAAUCAAGGAAAACCUGUUUUUGGCGCCAUCAGAAAGGGAAACCAGAAACUUACCUCUCUACCAUUGAAGCAAUUUAUUAUUUUCUAGUAGACUAUCACAAGGAGGUCUUAAAAGAAAAAUAUGAUGGACAAUAUGACAAUUUGCUCUUUUUCUUCUCAUUUAUGUACAAGCUGAUCAGAAACGCCAAGGAUUCUGCAGGAAAAAAGUGAAGUGUUCCUCAUGUAAGAUACAAAAAGAAAUUAUGAUCCAUUACACUUGGUCCUGUAAUACUAAUUAAGAUUUGAGUUCCUCAAACUGACUUAGAGGAUAGAAUGCUUAUAGUUACUGUCCCAUAAAUUUAAUCCUAAAUCCAAACUUUUUCAGGCAAAUCUUAAACUAAUAAGGGAAGGCUGUCAGAAACAGACCUUGACUUGCAGCCUCUAAAUAGAAACGUUUUCCAGUUGUAUUGAACAGCAAAAAUGCCAGCUUGGAGUCUGUAUUUAAAGAUAGCCAAAACUUCAUUCGUGAGUUUCAUUAUGUAGGGAUGUCCUUUGGACUAUCAAGGAAGACUUUGUCUUAGUGAUUUUACUACCUAUUAAAAAUGACUAGAACGAUUAUUUCAUUCCACAUCCCAAUCCGGUCCCCAAAGGGAAGCCAGACUAAUAUGUUCAGCAGAAUACUAAUAGUAAAUAUGAUUGGGACUGAAUUAAGCUGCCAAUUUGCUUAAAUAAGGUUACAAAACUUAGGUUCCUCUACUGACCAUUAUAUAUCUGAACAAAGGUUUCCUUCUAAAGCACGAACAUCUCUUGUUCAAAGUGCUUCCUUAUUUUUGCCGCAUAGCACACUUCAGAGAAAGGUGACAUUUCUACAGCAGAGGUAGGUCAGUUGCUGGAGGUGGGGGAGGGUGUUUCCAAACCUACAAGGGUCAUGACUGGAAUUUCCUCACUUUCUUUUUGUGUGUGGGGGGGAGUUUUUAAAUAAGUGCCUUACAAUUUAUGGAGGAUUAAGGCACCUAUUUUAAUGCUUACUCUUAAAAAAACAAACGAAACUUGUGCCAUCACAAAUUGGCAGUCCUAUUAAAGCUCACAGAUUGCCCAUCCCUGAUAUCUGGAAGGCACAUUGAGCUAUCUUGCUUAGCACUCCUAGGUAUUAGAGUCCUUUCUAAGCUUCUAUCUCAUUUAGGCAAAUGAGCCACCAUAGGAAUUGGUCCUUAUGCUUUCUUUGCACACAGAGCAUAUCAUUUGGUCCUAAGACUGUGACCUGCAGCAAAAUAGCAGUUUCAGAAGUUCAAGGCAGAAUAUGCAGUGCCUCUUCCUCACUCCAGUGUGUAAACCUGGCUACAAUUGGGCAGGCACAGAAGCUACCUGAAAGCUCAUUAGAUGAUGGAGCGUACAUCUUAAAUCACAAAUGUUCUACAAAUCUAUAUAAGUAAUGAUUCAAACAAUAAAAAUCUCUAGGAGUCAUCUGUUUAAUAAACCAAAACAAAUGCUUUUAUUGUC